AAAGACGCGCAGCGCAUGGAGGUGCGCUGGUUCCGCGAGCAGUUCUCCCGGGCGGUGCUCGUGUCUAAGGGCGGACGAGAGAACACGGAGGAGCAGAUGGAGGAGUACCGGGGAAGGACCACCUUUGUGAGCGAACGCAUCAACACCGGGAGCGUAGCGCUCGUCAUCCGCAACGUCACAGCCCACGACCACGGCAUCUACCACUGUUACUUCCAAGAAGGCAGAUCCUACGACGAGGCCAUCGUGCGCCUGAUGGUGGCAGGCCUGGGCUCUAAGCCCCUCACUGGAAUGAAGGGCCAGGAGGAUGGAGGCGUGCGGCUGGAGUGCACGUCCAGAGGCUGGUUCCCGGAGCCCCGUGCGGUGUGGAGGGACCCUCUCGGUGCGAUCAUGCCGGCCCUGGAGGAGGCUUACACGGCGGACGCAGACGGCCUCUUCAUGGUCACCACGGCCGUGGUCAUCAGGGACUGCCGUGUGAGGAACACAUCCUGCUCCGUCAACAACACCCUGCUUGGCCAGGAGAAGGAAACUGUGAUUUUCAUCCCAGAAUCCUUUGCUCCCGGCACCUUUCCCUGGACGGUGGGCCUCGCUGUCAUCCUGCCUUCUCUGCUCCUCUUCACCACCGGGAGCAUCUGUCUCAUCAGGAAACUCCACAGGGGAAAAGAGGUUGAAAAUGAAGAGAAGGAAAUUGCAUGUAAGGAAUUGGAGACAGACCAUCAACUUCAAGAAGAAUUACGAUGGAGACGAGCCCUGCUACAGGCCGCCGACGUGGUCCUAGACCCGGACACUGCUCAUCCUGAGCUCUUCCUGACGGAGGACGGGAGAAGUGUGAGAAGAGGCCCCUCCAGGCAGAGUGUCCCCGACAACCCGGAGAGAUUCGACUGCCGGCCUUGUGUCCUGGGCCUGGAGAGCUUCUCCUCAGGGAGGCAUUACUGGGAGGUGGAGGUCGAAAACGUGAUGGUGUGGGCUGUGGGGGUUUGCAGAGACAGUGUUGAGAGGAAAGGGGAGGCCCUACUGGUUCCCCAGAAUGGCUUCUGGACCCUGGAGAUGUUUGGAAACCAGUACCGGGUCCUGUCUUCCCCUGAGAGGAUUCUUCCCCUGAAAGAGCGUCUUCGUCGGGUGGGCGUCUUCCUGGACUACGAAGCUGGAGAUAUCUCCUUCUAUAACAUGAGGGACAGAUCACACAUCUACACAUGUCCCCGUUCACCCUUUUCUGAGCCCCUGAGACCCUUCUUCAGGCUGGGGUCUGAUGACAGCCCCCUCUUCAUCUGCCCAGCCUUCACAGGGGCGCGGGGGAUCCUGGUGCCUGAGGGCGGCCUGAUCCUCCACAGGACAGGGACCCGUCACAGCCCCCACGAACAGUGCCCUGGCCUCAGAGCCAAGUAG